AUCUACAUCAUGUGAUGUUAUGUUUUUUUAUAAUCAUCAUGAGAAAAAAAAAAUUUUCCUUUUUCGUAACAUUCAAAGUCCAAUAACGAUGCUAUUUUUUUUUUUUUUUUUCAUACAAGUACGUAGGUAUUUUUUCAGUGUAGUGUGCACACAUUCGCAUACACAAUACAAUAAUAAUAUAAUACUUGUUUUAUUUAUUUAUUAUUAUAGGUGCCUAUAUUAUUAUUUUUAAUUUUCCGGCAAAAUCAUCAAACUAUACCUUAAUAUUAAAUCAUAUAUUGGUGUGUGUGUGUGUAUUUUUUUUUCUCUCUCUUUAUUAUUCCUGUUGAUAAUAAUUAAUAAUUAUGAUUUAUGCAUGUAUGUAUAUCGAUAAAUACUGCCCUUGUGUCAUGUAAAAUAUUAUUUUGUUAGAGUUUUUUUAUCUCUACUACAAAAAAAUCAAAUAACGCAUAAAUAGAGAUUAUUAUAUACUAAUUUUACAUAUUAUAUUGUUAUAACACAACAAGUUAAAUAAUUAAUAAAUAUAAAACAAAUAAACACAAGCAAUAAUAUGCCACUCCAUAUAAAUGAAAAUAUUACAACUUCUACUACUACCACCACCAACAACAUCCAUAAUAAUAACAACAACAACAACAAUGGUAGUAAUGAGCAACAAGCAACAGUACGUGAAAUAACUCAAACAGACAAGUUGAAUAAAUUAUUGUUGGAAUCUGUGCUAAAACGAUUGAGUAAAACUGGUGAAAUUGAUAAAUUUGUUGGUGAAAAUCAGCAUCAAGAAGACGACAUUGAUAACACUGAUUUUUAAAUACAACAAAAAUAAUAAUAAUAAUUAAGUAAAUUCAAUCAAAAAAAAAUAAAUAAAUAAAUAAAUUAUGUCUCAUAUUGGUGGAAAUGAUGAUGGUGAUGAUGAUGGACAUGUGGCAUUGUCUGACAAUGAACAUUCAGACAACGAAAGACAAAACAAUCAUUCUGAUAAUCAUGACAGCAAUAAUGAUAAUGACAAUGAUAAUGAUAAUGCACGUAGAAUUGAUCCAACAGCUUCUCGUAAAAAACGUAUAGUACGUAAUCCUCAAGUAAAAUUAAAUGCUGAACGUUUACGUGGUGCUAAAGGGGUUCAAACAAUUGAAGAAUAUUUUAAGGGUUUUAAAUGGCAAGGAAAAAAUCAUGAGGCAUCAGAUUUAAAUAAAAUAAUGAAAAGAAUGGAACAUUGGGGUCAUAGGCUAUAUCCAAAAUAUAAUUUUGAUGAUUUGUUGGAUAAAUUAUCAAUACUUGGUGCUAAAAGAGAGGUACAGGUAUUUCUAACAAAAUACAGAAAAAAUAUGCUCAAUGAUGAUUUAAUUUCAACUGAUGUGAAUAAUUUAAAUGAUGAUGAUGAUAAUAAUGAUAAUAAUGAUGAUAAUGUUAAUCAUAAUUUUAAUAAUAAUAAUGAUAAUGCUGAGUCUGUUGAUGACUUUGAUCGUCUUAUUGCUGAACAAUUGGAAAAAACAAGACAAUCUUUUUCUCAAGAACCAUCAUUGUCAUCAUUGUCACAAGUUAAUAAUAAUAAUAAUAAUAAUAAUAAUAAUAGUGCAUCAUUUGAAAAUACAAAUUUAUCAUCAACAAUACAACCACAAAGCAAAAUUAUUAAUGAUGAAGAAACUAAAAAACGAAUUGAAAGAAAUCGUCAAAUGGCUUUGGCUAAAAGAAUGUCAAGAAUUAAAGCCAAUUUGGAAGAAACUAAAGAGACUGCAACAUCUCAAUUACAAUUACAAAUAUUGGAUAAUAAUUAUAUAAGUACUAAUGAAACUAUUAUUAUGACUAAUGAUAAUCAAAGUCAAGUAGAAUUUGAAACAACAAUUGAAAAUAAAAAAAAUAAUGAUACAACAAUCAUUGAUAAUAAUUCAUCACAAGUUGAUAGUCAACAACAACAGCAACAUGAUGAUGAUAAUAAUUAUGAAAAAGAAGCAUUACCGAAUGAUGAGGUGAAUUCAUCUCAUGAAAAUUUAUUAUCAAAUGUUUCAUCUUCAAUUGUUGAUGAGGAUCCAUUAAUCAAUACAUAUGGUAAAAGACCUCUUACUAAUGAUGAACUUGAUGAAGAAAUUGAUAAAGUUGUCAACAAUUUUAUAAGAAAACGUCAAACAAAAUAAUAAUAAUAAUAAUUUAAGGAUGACCAUGUUAUUUGAUAGAAAUAAAAAUGCCACAAUAAUUUCUUAAUUUUUUUGUGUUGUUAUUAUUAUUAUUGUUAUUUUCAAGAAUCAAUUAUAUCCUAUUUAUAAAAAGUUUUUUUUUUUUUUUUUUUAAAAAAUAGAUAAAUUCAAGUUCUUCUUUUUUGUGUGCUAAUAUAAAGUACAUUGUUUCCUCUUAUAAAUGCAUCACCAUAUUUAUUUUUCAAUUGGCCAUUAACAU